AUGGAGGAAGCUAACAGUGUACAAGAUAGAGACAACAAGUUCUUAUGGAAGGCGGUUGACGAAGCAUAUAAAUAUGUUGAAUGUGGAGAUGGGGAAGAUAGAGACAACAAGUUCUUAAGGAAGGUGGUUGACGAAGCAUGUAAAUGUGUUGAAUGUGGAGAUGGGGAAGAUAGAGACAACAAGUUCUUAAGGAAGGCGGUUGAAGAAGCAUAUAAAGGUGUUGAAUGUGGAGAUGGGGAAGAUAGAGACAACAAGUUCUUAAGGAAGGCGGUUGAAGAAGCAUAUAAAGGUGUUGAAUGUGGAGAUGGAGGCCCCUUUGGUGCUGUUGUUGUGCACAAUGAUGAAGUACUUGUGAGUUGUCACAACAUGGUCCUGAGGAACACAGACCCAACUGCCCAUGCUGAGGUGACAGCAAUAAGAGAGGCAUGUAAGCAGCUGAAGCAGAUUGAACUUGCAGACUGUGAAAUAUAUGCAUCUUGUGAGCCUUGCCCCAUGUGCUUUGGUGCCAUCCAUCUUUCAAGGAUCAAGAGGCUGAUGUAUGGAGCCAAGGCUGAAGCAGCCAUUGCUAUUGGUUUUGAUGAUUUUAUUUCGGAUGCAUUAAGGGGUACUGGUUUCUACCAAAAGGCUCACUUGGAGAUCAAAAGAGCAGAUGGCAAUGAGGCUGUCAUUGCAGAACAGGUCUUUGAGGAAACAAAGGCAAAGUUCCAAAUGCACUGA